AUGCAACAAGACAAUUCUUCUUUCCGUACGCGAGGUAACAAGAUCACCACGAUUAUGCUUAGAAAUUUCCGGAAUGGUCUGAGAUGCCGUAAAUCUAUUGGCUAUCGUGGUUUGAGCCAUAUCCCUAAGUUACACAUUUCUUCUGAGGUAGAGGAAGCAGUCAAGUACAACAAGCCAGUGGUAUCUCUCGAAAGUACCAUCAUCACCCAUGGAUUGCCGUAUCCUGAAAAUAUAGCCAUGGCAAAGCGAGUUGAAGAGGUGGUGCGAUCGUAUGGUGCAGUUCCGGCGACAGUUGCUUUCAUAGACGGAAAGCCCACUGUGGGUCUCACAGAGAAAGAGAUAGAGUAUCUGGCUGAUGCUAAUGGCGAGAGUCGCGUGAAGAUUUCAAGAAGAGACAUCCCAUUGGUGAUGUCAUUAAAUCAAACAGGAGGCACGACAAUUGCUGCCACGAUGAUUUUGUCGAAACUCGCAAAUAUCUCGGUUUUUGCAACUGGCGGACUGGGUGGAGUACACCGUCAUGGGGAAGUCACCAUGGAUGUGAGUGCUGAUUUGGACGAAUUAUCGAAAACACCUGUCGCCGUUGUUUGUUCUGGUCCGAAGUCGAUAUUGGAUGUUCAGAGAACAAUGGAGUAUCUGGAAACCAAAGGUGUGCCGGUUAUGACCUAUGACGAUGGUGAUUUUAAAGAUGGCCCUAUAAACAUCCCCGGAUUCUACACCAGAGAUUCAGGCGUUCCGUCUCCAUACACGAUCAACUCUAUUCUCACUGCUGCCAAAGUUAUUGAAAGUGGCAAAUCUUUGGACCUGGAGAAUGGGUUUCUGUUCUGCAUACCACCUCCUGUUGCUAUAGCCUUGCCAAGUGACUUCAUCAACGAGGUGAUCAAAGAGGCUCAACACGCGGCUCAAGCUCUGAAUAUCACAGGAAAGGCAGUUACACCGUUCAUGCUUGAUUUUAUCAACACUAAGACGAAGGGAGAAUCUGUUAGUUGUAACGUCUCCUUCGUGCUGCACAAUGCUGGAAUCGCUUCCCAGAUUGCGAAAGAGCUAAGCGUUCUCAGAGGUGGAUCGAAAACUUACUUUGAACCCCCGUUGGAUCUGAGACAGAAGACCCAACGCGAACCUUUGCCCUCUUCGGGAGCAUCCACCAAGCUGGACAAAAAAGCCGCUCUGAAGACCUUUACAGUGCAAUCACCGGCUAUAGUUGAUGCUGUAGUUGUUGGUUCAAUUGCAAUGGACAAUAUUAGUAAGAUAUCUGCCAAAAGUAUCAUGGGAGACUCCAAUCCAGGCUCUAUCUCAUCGUCCGCUGGAGGGGUUGGUUUCAAUAUUGCUCUAGCGGCUCACAAUUCAGGAAAAACCAGCCAAAUUGAUAGACCAGUGGUGAAGCUAAUAUCAGCUGUUGGAAAGGAUAUUGCUGGAGAGCAAAUACGGUUCGUUUUGGAAGACACAGGUCUGACUGCAGAUGGAAUAGAAGUUCAGCCUGAGUACAAUUCGGCCCAAUACUCGGCAGUUCACGAUUCCUCUGGAAGUCUGGUAGUUGCUUGUGCAGACAUGAGCAUAACAGAGAACCUUUCUGAGUCCCAUGUUACAUCGAAAUUGUCGAAAUACUCGCCAAAGUUCGUGUUGUUUGACUCCAACAUCAUGCCAGACUUGAUGUCUUCUAUACUCAAAAACGCACCGGUCAUGGGCUACAAAUCCAUAUAUGAACCAACCUCAGUGAUAAAGGCAAACAGACUCUCCAAAUCAGCUAGUCUUCACUGUUUUCCAAACAAUGAACUGUUUCUAAUGACCCCCACGCUGUCGGAGCUAGAGACAUUGUACAAAUCGUUCACCGAAAACGAGAAAUUCUCGGAUUUCGACGAAUGGUUCCCUGUGCUUGAUGCGCUCGGAGUGGAUUCUAAGUUGAGGAUGGGAUUGGAUAUUUUGUCCCAGAGAAAUAGCCUGGUGAAGCGGUAUUUGGAAAGAGGAGUAUUUCAACAGGCACUCAACCUGUUGCCAUAUUGUCCAAACAUAAUUCUCAAGGAUGGAGCCCAAGGAAUAACCAUUAUCCAGAUCACGUCAAAUGUGGAGGAUGAUAUGAAGCUGGUGAAUAAAACAGCCUUUUCGCUCAAAGGUGAAACUGCUUCUUCAUAUUCUCUGGUAGGCGAGGGGAAGCAGGGAAUGGGUGUGAUAGUUCAGCAUUUUCCUGCUGCUGAUCUAAAGUCUGAUAUCAAGAAUGUCACAGGUGCUGGUGACUCUUUGGCUGGUUAUCUCCUCUACAAGUUGAGCAGUUCUGACUCCAAUGUCCUUGAAUUCAGUAACGAACUUAGAGAGAAAACGUUGAUGGGAUGCCAAUUAGCCGCUUUCACUAGUCUUAAUCAUCAGGAGGCCAUCAAUGUGGAAGGAUUGAGACAUCUUGAAUAA